CGAUGUGAGAACCCUCGCACCAGGACCCUUGAGGCACACCCGGGAGCAAAGAGACGCGUCGGGCGUUCCCAGUCGAGGCGUUCCCCCGACCGGUGGCCACUCCAAGGUAAGCCCCUCUCCAGGGACCCUCUCCAGCCUCGAACAUGGACGUCGGCGCCGCGGGUGCCCCGCCAGGGCCGCUCCUCUCCGGAGGGGCCGUCGCGUGCCCGGUCUGCACCCUCUAUCUGCGCGAGGGCAUCAGCCUGCAGCGGCACCUUGACACGCACCCCAAGGAACAGGUCAUAGAGGCCCUCAUAAAGGCCAGCACCGGCACACCCCAGACCUUGGCGCAGCCUCCUCAGCCACCUCCGCAGCCACCUCCGACUCCCUCGAUGCAGACCUCCCCGGGCGGGCCGCAGGUAACCCAGAGUCCGCACGUCUCCACGCAGUCUCCGUACCCCAUAGGUCCCGUCUUCGAGUGCCCUCCCAUCGGCACGAUGAUGCCGCCACAGUUUGCCUCGUUCAGCUACCAGCAGUUCGUCAAUAAUGGCACCAUGAUGAUACCACAGUACGCAAUGGCUCCACAAGCCAAUCAGAUGAUGCAGAUGCUGUAUAACCCGUACGGCAUGUAUCAGCAGCAGCAGAUCCCUACGGUACAGAUGAUCUCGCCUAUCGCGACCAUUCCAGCUGCCACAACUAGGAUCAGGCCCGUCAUGACGGGGGAGGAUGGUGGAUCGAGGAGCACAGGGUCUGUCGGGGGAGGCGAGCCUAAGCAGAUUCUUCCGGAGAUCCUGCCGGAAUCGGAAACGGAGACGGAGAGAGUUCUGCCGGAUAUCGAACUUCCCUCUAGUCCAGUCCCCCAGGAGGAGAUGUCGGGGAGGCUGGAAAACGUCGAGGUGUCCACAGUUCAUGUGGAGCAUCGAGGGCAACAGACGCAGAACUCCACCCCUCAGGAACAAAUGGGACGGGAGAAUGAGUACAGGGAUAUGACGGAAUCCAUCAUGGUGGAGAAUCAUAUGGUGGACGACAGUAAAGCCGAAAGCGUCCUGCCGGAUAUCGAAGACAACGACGACCCCAUGGGGAUGGUGUCUACCGAAGUGCAGUGCAAGCAAGUGCAGUAUGAACGUGCCAGAGAGCAGCUACUUCCCCAGGAGUACGAGAGCGAGGACAAGAACGACGCCGACGGGGUCACGUCGCCGGUCAUCGACGUGGAGAACGAGGAGGAAAAGACGGAGAGCAGCUCCUCGGAGAGGAGCGACGCGGUGGACACCGUAUGUAUACAGUUACAGGUGGCAAACGAGGAAGCGCCGAAGGAGACGAACCAGCCAGAGGUUGAGCAGCUGGAGAGACUGCUGAUCACCAUCAUGGAGUCCGAAUUCAACACCACCCAGGCUCAGGAAAAGGCAACUCCUGGAUCCAAGGAUUACGAGGAGGACCUAGAGGACAAGUCGAUGCUGGACCAGGAGGAAAUCACCAUCGAGAAGACGGUGAUCCCGGGUGACGUGGCGCAGGACAACUGCGAUGCCUUGACCUACCCUGAAGUCCAGGACAACGAGAGGCCCGACGACGCCGAUGACGGUGAUAGGCAGUCGAUGUUGCAGCUCUGCGUUUACGUCAGGGAGGAGAAUUUCGACCAGACCUAUCGGUAUAAACACAGCCUGUCCGCCCCGGCGUCGCCGGUUUUGCCGAAGAAGUCACACAGGACGUACUCCGUCCACGCAGAAUUCGGGUUCAACGAGAACCUUACGAUCUACCCGAUGGGCUUCGAUGCAGCUGCACUGCACGACGAAGAGGACGACGAGGACGAUGAGAAAAACGACAUGGAGGACAACUUCGACGAGGAGGACAUGGAGAUCGAAGAAAUCACCAGCCCUCACACUCCGUACGUCAAGCAGAGCGAGGGUUCAGAUAGAGUUAGAUCUCAUACUCCUCUGUCGACGAUCAGUGGCAUCUCGGUGCUGAGAGUGCGCACCGACUUGAGCAAGCCUUGCUCCCCAGCGUCGAUGCACUCCUUCUGCCACCUGGACACCGACAGUGUGAGUCAUGACGAGGAGAGCAACGACACCAACCACGACCUGUCUGCGGAGAAGGACCCCAUUGAUUGCUCCCACCUGGAGCAUGAAGCGAAGGUCACCAGAGAUGAGGUUACCGAAUGCACGAACAGUACCAAGGAAUUGGAGACAGUGAGAGCGUACCAUCAGUCUGUCAUCACCGAACACCAGAGCUCCUUCCCAGUGAUCCAUUCGCAGCCACCCCUUAUCAUCCAGGACACGUACACAAUGGGAAGUGUCAGGAGCCCGCGUAACCUUCUCAAUCUGUCGGAGUCCACAGACCCAACAACGAGCUUCGAGUCGAAGAACUUCCAGCCUGGAAAGUCGAUCCUCCAGAAACCUACCACGGAGCUUCUGAACAUCAACGAGGAUGCCCACGCGGGACCGAUGAACGUCUUUGAGUUCGACGGUCUCCAGAUCUUAGUUCCUAGUACAUUUAUAAGCGAGUCGUCCCAGAAGGCAGUGAGUGCGACGAGCCAGCAGUCGAUGGCCAGCAGCGAAGGUGGUGCCGGGAUAGACGAGGAGGUUAAAAGUGUCAACAUGAGGGCUGAUGAGACAAUGCCUCCCAGGGGUGAGCUGUCCGAGCAGGAGAGUAACGGCUGUACGGAACAUUCGGCAUGGCAGCUCUACAUGGGCCAAGAGUCAUCUCGCAUGUCCACCUCGUACGACCUGAUGGCAAGGGAGAGCUGGGAGGAGUCCGAGGGUUCGGACAACGAAAUUGGCGGGCCUCUGCUGGACAGUCGUUCGCUGGCGACCCACUUCACCUCCAGCCUGUUCUUGGAUCGGGAUCGAAAGACCCCGACGAAGCGUACGUACAAGUGUCCCCACUGCAGCGAAGUGUUUGACUGCCCUAAGGAACGCAGAGUCCAUGCUACAACGGUGCACAAGGAAGCAGGGCCCAGCAGCAGUCGAGACCCCACUGAGCAGCCCGAAGUGAAGGACAUCAAACUGCUGGACGGUCGUAUGAACGUCUUCGAGGACAUCUUCGUGCCAGGGCUGCACAUGCAACAAACGUACCACCAGCAACCCCUUCUGCACCAGCUGCAGCCUCCGCAGCAGCAGGACCUGUCAAAGGGCGACGCCGACCGGAAGAUCGACAGCCUCGUCAUACCACCUGUCGUCGAGGUGACCUGCACCAUGUGCAACCAGAGAUUCAGCAGCGAGAAGUCUCUCCAAAUACACCACCGGAGGAUGCACGUCAACGAAAUGGCGAAACGAGUGCGCGACACCGCCAAGUGUCAGAUUUGCAACGAAGAGUUCCCUUCGGUAGUGCUUUUCAACGCUCACCUGAAGAUCCACCCUCUGGAGUGCAGCCAGUGUGGCAAGUACUUCUACAGGAAGCAGAACUUUAAGCUCCACAUGAAACGUCAUCUGGGUAUCAAGCCAUUCCCUUGUACGGUCUGCGAUAAGGCCUUCCUAACCAAGCAGAAGCUCGACGAGCACACAAAUGGCCACACUGGAAAUGCUCCGGUCAAGUGCAACCUCUGCAACGAGACCUUCCGCAGGUAUUCUAAUCUCACCCAGCACAAGAACAGGCACCACUUGAACAUAAAAAAAAAACUUAAGGACUAUAUAUGCCACUGCGGUGAGGUGUUCCAUACCAAGAAGAAGCUCGCCUGGCACAAGGAGACUCACGAUGAGAAGCCCAAGGCGUGCACCUACUGCAACGAGAGGUUCAUACACAUGGCUAGUCUGACUCGGCACAUGAGGCGAGCCCAUAACAGGAGAUUCGUCCCUGAUGCCCAGAGGGAGAGCGAGAACGUGGAGUGUCCGAUUUGCAAAUGCAUUUACCUGCGCUCCUCCCUUGCCGUGCACAUGCGAGUGCAUAACGGGGAAAGGCCCUACGAGUGUCAGGUGUGCUCGAAGGCCUUCAGCACCAAGUGGAACUUGCAACUUCACAAGUGGACCCACGCGGCCCGUAGUACUAAGCCGUUCAAGUGUAAUCAGUGCAGCGCCGCGUUCUACCGACACAGCGACUACACCGCCCACAUGAACUCCCAUCGCAACGUUCGGCCGUACACGUGCAAUUACUGUGGCGCCCAGUUCAUCCGGAAGUACAACUGCCUAAGACACGUUAAGGAGCACGAGGAGAACAAGGCGUAUACCUGUGACGUGUGCAACAAGACUUUCCACCGCUCUUAUUACCUUAAGGAACACCUGCGCGUACACUCGGGCGCCAGGCCGUAUACUUGUCACAUCUGCGGCAAGUCGAGUAGCACCAAGUCGAACCACAAUAAGCACGUUAGGAUCCACCAUGCCCGCGAGCCUGUAAAUACGGAGAAUUAAUUUCAAUCUUUUGGCUUGGAUUGAUGAGUCUACGAGGCUUGGACUCUGUCUCGGAGAAUUUUGUACGCGGGUUGAGACGAGGAACACGUCGAUGAUCGCUUCGGGGUGAAAAGGAGGUUGUGUUUGGAUCAGUGGUUUGUGUCGAGAGUACCUUUCGGUGAGUUGGUCCAGUGGCUGGUCCCAUUAAUUAAUCGACCGAGGACUGUAGGAUUAGGCCUCGAUUAAUUAGUUCAUGAGAUUAGAUUUAGAGUCUCCUUUAAAUGUGCAUUACGUAAGGGGUUCUAUUUUCAAACUGACAUCGGGGCGAUCGUUGACGAAUGUAGUCUUAAAGCGUAUGGGGUUCAGUAAGUACAAGUCUCGUUUCUUUUUAAUAGGCACGCUCGUCCGUUCGCAUGAUCGCAUCGUGAGAAUCUCGACGACCGGCCCAUUUUUAUUGAACGACUAGAUAAUUCCAAACGAAUUGAUUCCACCUAACCUAACCUUGACGGCCGAGAUGCCGUCAAGGGGACGUGCUAAGUUCUGUUAGCGCCUCGCCGUUAUUGUUUUGAUUACGUUUCUUGACAAUCGACGCUUAUCAGUCAUAAAAUGACGGCACUGUUUUAAGCCAUUUUCUUUAUGGUGAAUUUUAUAUAUACAUCUAGAGACCUAUCUAUAUAUAUAUAUGUAUAUCGUAACAGAUAUUCUUUUAACGCCUGUCUGGUGACUUUCUCCAUGCACCUGCUUUAUGAGUUCUCGACGAGAUGCCUUCGAAGGCGCUUUUACACUAAAAUUGUUAGUCGAUAGUUAGUCUUGUUUGAGCUUGGAACGUCGAAGGUUGGAACGUUGGUUCGCAGUUCAUGGAUGGGCAUGCCGAAGGGUUAGGGAUCGAGAACUAGGCAAAUAUUUUUUCCUUUCGGAACACUGAUUCCACGCAAUAAUUAAUACCCUUAGCUUCGUAUCGCUUGGACCUGUACAAUCAUAGUAAGAGUGCGAAGGCCCGUGAUGUGAGUCCGGGGUUGGAACCUUUUGCACUUGCAUUGACAAUGCCUCGGUUGACUCGAUGGCUGACGAGUUCGAUCAUCCUCGAGCUGGAGUCGAAGAGAAGUGCUAGUUUGUACAUAAGCGACUGGUGUGUUCGCUUGCGACUUAUCUCUCACCUAGGAAUGCGCAGUCGAGUCGGACUGCUUGUGUUUUAUCCGCAAUAUUUGCGGAGCGUAUUUCUCGAAUUCGAUCGGCGAAGUGCAUCGAGGCGGAGCUCGAGAAUCGGUCCGUCGUCGAGUGCACCGACGGGACGGGCUUUUAGGGUGGGUUCUAUUAUUUUUUUUUGUGUUACCGUCCUGAAACUCUGACUUCCGAGACCGCAGAACCACUUAUGGUAAUUGAGGUUAGGGGUGCUCGUCGACGGGGAUGCAAAAUAAAAAACGAGUUGUUAUUACUCAAGUGGGGCACCGCCCGUCUCAGGACGCGGAGCCCACGCAGUGAAACACGUUUGCCAACUAAUAGUAAUUAAACAUUGCAUAGAAGGUAAUUAACCUAUCGAUACUAUACGGAAAAAAAAUAUUAAACUCUUUUAUGUGUCAAUCGUUGUAAGUGGUUUUUUUUUACAAUGACUAUUUUACAUGAGAGGUGCGAGGGAGAGUGUCGCGAAUCAGUGUCCAGUGUAAUAAGUGUGCCGGCCCGUAUUUAUUUGCGUUCAAUCACUCGCGCAACGGGCCUAUCGAUUACUACUAUUACCUAUCUACUAUAACAUAAUAGUUACGGAUCUUAGUUGUUAUUCUUCUAUAUUUAUAUACUUUGCAAUGUAUGAAGUGAUCUUUAUUGGUAAUUCCAAUAUCAAGACUGAUCGAUGUUGGUUCUUUGUACCGCUCCCUGGUACGUUUCGAUGUACCGAGCUGUUUCCUCACUUUUCGUUCUGUGAGGUAAUUGCGAUAGUUUGCACGUUUUGCAAACUUAAAUUAAUUGUAAUUAGUAAUUCAGUACCUAUCGAAAGUAACGUGAAGAUGCCUUCUAGGAAUCGCUGAUCAUUUUACUGGUCAAAUAUUGGACUUGCCUGCUGCAUUUAUAUUUAAUGACCGAGACGAUAAGAGAUGUAACUAUUGAUUCGGGUUUAGAAGCGUUUGUAAUUUGUAUCUGUGAUCAUAUGGAGAAUUUUGUUAAAUCGUUAGCAACGCUUAGCUGGAAUUUUUGUUCGAGACGCAUGAAAGCAGGCAAGGAAUAGGAUUCGAGGAUGUACUAGGGAGUGGUGUGAAGCAAUGCUUAAUAAGACUGCCUGACUUGAAGUGCAAAGCUUGACUUGCAUUGCAAACCGUUGUUGACGAUGAAUUUGACCGGGAAUAAUCCUUUCUGUUUAUUUCCAUUCAUUCUAUUAUUUAAUCUUUUAGCAAAAUUCAGGAAGUACAGAGCGAUUAGAGUCGUGCUUUUAUGUUUAUUGUCGCUAGCUGAUAAAGUGUUACCACCAAACAGCGAAUCAUUGGAUUAAGUAUCGCUCCUUGGUGAGGUCUUUCGACGUUUUAUUGUUAAGAUUUUUUAAUUCGACUCUAUGUCUAGGAAGGAGGGUUAUGAAAUUAAUAACGGAGAGGGAGAUGUUUGGACCGUAGAAAUUGAGUUUGUCGCUAGAGGUUUCCAGGCAGUUGACGAUAAACCCACCUAAGACCAACAUCGGAGUCCAGACGUGCAAUUGUUUAGUUAAGCAAGAUGUCGUGCGCUCGUCGCGAAUGAGACUGUACAUAAAAUGUAAAUAUGUAUAUCAACUCUAUUUUAUAAUAGGGCCAACCGACGAUCUUGGCAAUUGAAUAUCCUAUGAAGCUCGGUUCAUGCUAUAUGAAGAUAAAUAUAGGAUAAUUAUUAUCAUAAAAAAAAAACAAACCAACAAUAAAUCAGCAUGUGUAUACCUUAAUAAAA